CCGGCGGUCGCCAGUGCGCAGGUUUGUUUGUCGCCAUGUUCCUGUCAGAGCGGCGAGUCUGGGGCAGAGACUCCGGGACCCGGGGCGGAUUUUAAAUUGAGACCGAAGCGGGGAGUGUCCGCACCCGGAGGCGGAGGAAUCCACCCCCUCCGUGACUAUGAGGUGCAGAGAGGCCCAGCGGCCGGAAGGAGAGCGCGGCGGUGAUGUGAGGGGACGGACACGGUGAAGAUGGCGGCGACAGAGAGACGGCGGCGGGAGGCCCGACUCGUGGGAGGCCUGGUCCUGGGCAGCGGUGAGAGAGAGAGAGCGGGAAUCCCGCCCCUGGUCCUGGGCAGCGCUUGUUCGUUCUUUCUGGGAGGAGCAGAAUGUUCCGGAAUGGCCGCCUGUCAUGGAAGGCUGGAGCCUCACAAAGAGCAACGAGGAGUCAUCUACAGCCCCUCCUGGCCCAUAAACUACCCCCCAUCCAUGAACUGCAGCUGGUACAUCCAGGGGGAGUAUGGAGACCUCAUAACCAUAAGCUUUCAGAAUUUUGACCUAGAGAAUUCCCACAAGUGUAUGGUAGACUGGCUGAUGGUUGGUCCAGCCCCAAAGCGAGAGGAGUAUAGAAUGUGUGGCUCAUACAUCCCCCAACCCUUCAUCUCUGCCCGGGAUCACGCUUGGAUCUUCUUCCAUUCUGAUCGCUCCAGCUCAGGGCGCUCUCGUGGAUUCCGAUUGUCCUAUAUCCGAGGGAGACUGGCCCAGAGCAGCUGCAAGUCGGAUGAGUUUCUGUGCGGGAACGGGAAAUGCAUCCUGCGUGCCUGGAGGUGUAACAAGAUGGAUGAAUGUGGGGAUAACUCUGAUGAGCAGGAGUGCCAAGUCCCUCCGACCGUGCCCCAUACAAGCCUAUGUCCAGCUAGAACAUUCCAUUGCCUGGUAGAGGACGCCCCCCAGUGCCUCCCGAUGAAAGUUCAGUGUGAUGGCAGCAUGGACUGUGACAAGGCUACUGAUGAGGAGAACUGCCCUGAUACCAGCUGCGGCAAGAGACUGGAGAACUUCUACGGUUCCUUUGCUUCACCUGACUACUUUCGUUCUGAACGAGACAGGGUGGAGCUGGACUGUAUGUGGGUGGUCGACACACAGGACAGCAGGCACAUUGUGCUGCAGCUGAACCUACAGCUGGGUUACAACGACAAGGUGCACGUCUAUGAUGGGGCGAGCGAGGAGCGGGGCAGGCUGCUCCAGACACUCUCCUUCCGUAACAACCGGCACACCGUCACCAUUGAAUCCUCGCGAGGUCAGAUCACCGUCUCUUACCACACUGAUCCUGGCAGCACGGGUCAUGGCUUUAAUGCCACCUAUCAGGUGAAAGGCUACUGCCUUCCACAGGAGCGUGCAUGCGGUAAUGAUGGGGGCUGCUUCGCCGACACUGAGCGCUGCGAUGGCUGGUGGCACUGUCCGAAUGGCAAGGAUGAGGAGAACUGUGCUGCCUGCCAGAAGGAUGAGUACCCGUGUGGGGGUACUAGCGGCAUGUGCUACCCACUGGCAGACCGCUGCAACAACCAGAAGAACUGCCCGGACGGCUCUGAUGAGAAAAAUUGCUUCUCCUGCCAGCCGGGGAACUUCCACUGCGGCACCAAGAUCUGCAUCUUUGAGCAAUGGCGUUGUGAUGGCCAGGAGGAUUGCCAGGAUGGCAGUGACGAACAGAACUGCCUGGUGGUGGUGCCCAGGAAAGUGAUUACAGCCGCCCUGAUUGGGAGCCUGAUAUGUGGCCUGCUGCUUGUUAUUGCCUUGGGGUGUGCGUUUAAACUGUACUCCCUCCGAACUCGCGAAUACAGAGCUUUUGACACCCCUAUGACUCGGCUGGAGGCGGACUUUGUGCAGCGUGAGGCUCCUCCAUCCUACGGCCAGCUGAUUGCCCAGGGGCUCAUCCCACCCGUCGAUGACUUCCCUGUCUACAACCCCGCUCAGGCCUCUGUCCUGCAGAACAUUCGCACAGCUAUGAGACGCCAAAUUCGUCGCCAUGCCACACGCAGGAUGUCUUCCCGUGGACGCCUCAGCAGGAUUUGGAGCAGGUUCUUCCAGAGACCUAGGGGCUGGGGGCUUAUCCCCUUGCUCACCCCGACCUCUGCCUCGACUGCCUCAUCCUCCCAUCUGGGCCGGAGUGAGAUGGUGCGGAGCUGCCAACAGCAGGAGAGCAGUCGGAGCUAUGUGCAACCUCGAGAAGAGCCUGAAUCAGACACUGACACAGAGACCGAUCGGCAGGUUGGUGAGACCCCAGGGGCAACAACAGAUGGCUUGUCGGCGGUGGCCUUCGAAAACUCGGUGCCAAAAGCGUCCUCGUCCCCCAGCACAGACAGUCAGACGGAGCUGCAGACACCUUGCCUACUACGCUCUUCAAGUUCUGAGGAGACAUGCAUCACUGGCUUUGACUUCCCUCUUAGACGGUCAUCAGGAGACAACUGUGCCAGGGACGUCUGUAACCGUGACCCACUGUCAGGCAGUCCGGAGUGGAGAAUCAGCAGCCGUCGACAGCGUUUUCGCCCAGGCCCUCGCGCCCUGUCCAUGAGGCCUGGUAGCAGCAGGGGCCAGAGCUCUGUUAUGGUGAGUAUAACAGUGCUCGAGAGAAAUCAGGCUAACCAGUCAUCAGAGUCUGACCAUCACCGAGACCCAAGACAGCAGAGUUUGACCUCGGCUCCUCCUGCGUGCAGGAGUCAAUGCUCCAAUUGCCCAGAAACUGUGACUGAAAGACCAUGCUCCCUGUCAGUGCCUCGUCACAAACACUUCUGUGCCGAGACCCCAUCGCCAGACCCUUCUUUCCAGACUCCCUUCUGACAGUCAGACCACAGGAGUGACGACCAGGUUCUGCUCAACUGCUGAGAAAUCCCUUCAUCUGCACAGAGACAUUUUAAAUGGUGAAACCUCUCCAAUAUUUUUAUUGCUACAGUAUUUUUUUAAAACAGUUGUUUCCUUCUUCAAACAACCAUAUAAAAAGGGGAACCACAUAUCAUGAAGCUGCUUUUGAAUGUAAUGCAUUAUAUGUGAGAUAUGUGCUGGAUUCAGCAGAGUCCCCAGUUGGAAGACCAGUUGCAUUUACAAUCACCUGACAUUUGUUGUGUCCACACUAUUAUUUAAAACAUAUAGCCAUUGUAUGGCUUAAUACAUGGCACCAAAUGUAGAUGAGACUUUGAGAUGUCCUAUUUAUACAGCCGAACAGUUAUUCAUGAAGAGUGCCAGUGAAUCCUGUGAAUACGCAGCAGUCCGAUUCCUAACUUGUUCACCGCUGCAGAUCGCAUUUUGGUUUCAGCUUUGUCAUGAGAUAUCUAGGAAAUAUUUGGAGGAUUUAUCAAAAUGUUGAGGUGAUGGUGAUUCUAGGAUUGCAAAGUUCCAGAUAACUUUUCACUGUAAUGAGAUAUUUUAGUCCCUUUUAACAGGCAAGUUUGGCCAGAUUCUGUCUGCAGUGGGAUGGAUUAUUCAAUGUUUUUUUUUAUUCGUUCAUGGGAUGAGAGUGUCGCUGGCUAGGUCAGCACUUAUUGCCCUUGUUAAGAGGGCAUUUAAGAUUCAAGCACAUUGCUGUGGGACUGGAGUCUCACAUGUAGGCCAGACCAGGUAAGGUUGGCAGAUUUCCUUCUCUAAAGGACACAUUAGUGAACCAGAACUACAAUGGUUUAAAGGUCAUCAUCAGACAUUUAAUUCCAGAUUUUUUUAUUGAAUUCAGAUUCUACCAUCUGUCAUGGUGGGAUUCGAACUUGGGUCCCCAGAGCAUUACCCCGGGUCUCUGGGUUACCAGUCUAGUGACAAUACAAUUACACCAUCGCCUCUGCCUUUCACUUUCUGUUUUUCUCAAUCUUUUGUCUGUUUUUUUUCUCCUUAGUCCAUCUAUCUGUUGCAUUGUGCCUCUCUCUUUCUCUUCUGCUUAUGUCUCUUCAUCUGUCUCUCUACUGUUUGUCUCACCUGUGUGCAUAUGUCUGUCUCUGUCCUGUCUCCCUUUCUCUCACAGAAUCUUAACAGCACAGAUGGAGAAUCUUAACAGCCAUUCCACCCGUCGAGUUUUUGCACCGGCUCCCCAAUGAGCAUUGCUUGUCCCAUUCUCUCUCGCCCCCUCUCUUGCCCCUUCUCUCGCUAUCUUUCGCCACCCCCCCUUCUCACCCUCCCCUUUCUCUUUCUCUCCCCUCUCUUCCCCCCUCGGUCUCUCUUCCCCCCUCGGUCUCUCUCCCCGCCUCGGUUUCUCUCCCCCUCUCCCCACUUCCCCACCUCUACCCA